AUUCGGAAUCAUUGGCAAGAUAACAAAACAAAUAACAAUUUUAGCAAACAAAGACUACAGCGAUUUGAUUUUUUGUUCCUGACAUGCUUUAUGCUUUACAAAGAUGUGAGUAAGAUAAGGGAAGAUAAUUUAAUACACCUGGUGUAGGAACAACGUUGAGAUUUGAACUUUAACGAACUUACAUAAGGAUUGACAUCGCAGAUCCAGAUGGAUACAGGCGACUGACCAAAUCCACACUGUACUACAAUUCACACAAGUGCCUUCAUUUGCUGAUCCAAGUGCCUUGGAUUUCAGAUGCUUCAUGCAGAUUUGGUUUUCUUCUUGACAUGAGUGCCUUUAAAGAUUUGAAUGUUGACUGUGCCUUUCAUGUUGGUUUAUAGACUGCAUAGAUGUGAGAUUUGAAUUAAGUAUAACAAGCCAAAGUGAACCAUUAUGGGAGCAGGUGUUAGUGUCUGUACAGAAGUUGGCACACCUCGGCACAUCAGCAUAAAGCCCACCCCUAAAAAAUCACGAUCCGCUCAUCCACCAGCCAGAAAGAAGAUCUCAAAGAAAUGUCACAUUGACUCGGAUCAGGAGGAUUUCAUUGAACAUAACCUUGAGGAUCACAAAGAUUCCAAAUCAACAUUACCAAAUGGAACAAACGGACACACAGACCUUCUGAAUCAAGAUAAGGACAAGGAGAAUUUAAGUGUAUCCUCCAAAUCUUUGGAAAGAGUCAGUGUUCAAACGAAACCCAAGCAUCCCUUAUUACGGAAAAGUUCCAACGUAACAAAUGAUUCCGGACAUAGUUCAGUGAGUGACAACGAAGACAAUGUGUUCAGGGACCAGGAAGAGGAUAGCAGAAGACACAGCCUAACAGUGGUAGAUGCCACUGGCCACCUCAAUGUGCCUACUAACUUGGACUGUCUCACUAAAAACACAUCGCAGUCUGCGAGUAGCUCUGCCCUACAUUCCAUUCACCUUCCUCACCCAAGAAAUGCACCCAGGAUCGCCUACAGCUUGUCCGAGGAAGCUCUAGGCGUAAACAGACUACGUGGUAGACGAUCGCCACAAGGGUCGCCAAGGUUACGGAGGCAACCCACGAUGGAGACCAACAGCUUUUCUGUGGUGGAUGGUGCUGAUGGCUAUGUGCAGUUGAAUCAAUACAAACUGAAAAAUGAAAUUGGCAAGGGUUCAUAUGGUAUUGUGAAACUGGCAUACAACGAGCAAGAUGAUGUUCAUUAUGCAAUGAAAAUACUUUCUAAAACCCGGUUAAAGAAAAAGGCAGGGUUUUUUAGACGGCCACCCCCAUCUCGGGAUGGGAAGGCAGUUGCUCGCCCCCUGGCUCCAAUGGACCGGGUAUACAGAGAAAUCGCCAUUCUGAAGAAGCUCGACCACCCAAAUGUCGUACGACUGGUUGAAGUCUUAGACGAUCCAAAUGAAGACAACUUGUACAUGGCUUUUGAACUUGUGGAGAAGGGUGAGGUUCUGGAAGUUCCUACAGACAAACCCUUAUCUGAACAACAAGCCUGGUCCUACCUUAGAGACAUCAUUCUGGGAUCUGAAUAUUUGCACUAUCAGAAAAUCAUUCAUCGAGACAUCAAACCAUCUAACCUACUUUUAGGGGAUGACGGUCAUUUAAAGAUUGCCGAUUUUGGGGUCAGCAAUGAAUUCACAGGAACUGACAUAACUUUAACAAACACGGCAGGAACUCCAGCUUUCAUGGCACCAGAAACGCUCAAAGAAGAAAAAGAAAACUUUAGUGGAAAGGCGACAGACAUAUGGGCUAUCGGUGUUACGCUUUAUUGUUUUGUGAUAGGAAGGUGUCCAUUUGAGGAUGACUUUCCAUUAAGUUUACACAAGAAAAUUAUGAAUGACCCAGUGAAGUUCCCUGAAAAGCCUGUGGUUUCAGAGAAACUCAAAGAUCUUAUUCUGAAGAUGCUCGAUAAAAAUCCAGAAACACGAAUAACCCUACCCGAGGUCAAGGAGCAUCCCUGGGUGACAAGGGAUGGAAAAGAUCCCCUCCCCACAGAGGAGGAGAACUGUGUCCUGGUGACCUUGACUGAUGAGGACCUUGACAAUGUGGUCAAACAUGUGCCAAAGCUGGACACUCUGAUUUUGGUGAAGAGCAUCUUAAAACACAGAUCUUUCAAAAAUCCAUUCAGGGACAACGCUUAUAUCAAAGAAGAAUUUCAAAAGAGUGGUCGUUCUAACUCGGCACCAGAUGCAUUCCAAAGGGUGGUGAAAAGGAAAAUAUCUGCGGAAGCCAACAUCGACAAGCCGUUGGCAGAGCAAUCAUAAUUUCCCUGGCGACCACCUUAAACUACAUAUAUGCAAACUACAACAAGAGUACGCUAGCUUAUGCAUUCAUUUUUCCAUCCUCACUUUCCCGUUAUGAGUGUGUAACGUUCUGAAUCCUAGCUUGCUCCUCUGGGCAUUUGUUGGACAUUCUUGGAAUUUUUUUCUAUGUACGUUUGUUUUCUUUAUCUGCACUUUCGAUUUUUAUUUUAGAUGAUUAUCAGCUUGUAUUCAUUCUUGUUUCUGUAAAAUAGAUUUUUCUAUAAAAAGUAUGAAAUUGUGAUGAAAGAGACUUUUUUUCAUUAAAUUUAUUAAAAAAAUUUCUUCUUUGCACCUGAAGAGGAAAAAAGAACAAAUUUUCAAUAUAUGACACACUUUUUGCUGAAAAUUCUCUGGAUUUUACUUUUUAAAUGAAUUCUGUGUAUCACGUGUAUUGGUAUAUUUAUAUGUUAAUCAUUUAAAUUAUGCGAGAUUUAUGAACAAUUUAUUUAUUAGAAAGAAUUUAUUUGUGGUAAGGAAAGGAGGAAGAAAAGUUUGUUUUUACAUUCUUAGAAUGUAUUAGUUAAUAUGAAUGAUAUAUGGAUGUAUUUAAUGAUAUGUAAAUACAAUGUAUUUGAAGAACAAGUGCAUGUAAAAAAGUGAACUUAUACAUGAGAGAAAUCAAAAUGUUUCUUUAUAUACUGCUUUUGUACUUUUUCCAUAGUGUAAAUUUUUGUGUACCCCAGGUAUAUUUACUGUUUUCUUUAAAGUGUUUUUUUUGUAAAAAAAAAAAUUUUAAGAAAAUUAUAUUGUUUUUGUGUGUAAUUAUUUAUAGUAUAGGAUAAUUAUUGAUAUAUAUCUUCCUACAUGCAUUGAUAUACAGAUAAAAAAAAAACAUUAUAUUUGAAAACUUCUUGAUGUAAAACAGAAAAUUUCUAAUUGCAAAAAGAGGGUAUUUUCUUUAAUAAUGAUAGGAACAUUUGCACUAUAUCCAUGACUGCAUGUAUAUAUCAGUUUUAUCUAGAAAAAUAUGCAUAUUAUAUAACAAUCUAUUGUAUGGCUAGGUCACAUUAAUUUUCUAGUUGGAAUUGAUGUUUAAUUGUAGUUUUAAAAGGUUUAUUUUUUUAUUUUAUUUUUUUGUAUUGUACUUGCUGUAACAUUUAUGGGUGUGUGCAUGACAGUAUGAAACUUGAACUGUUUAAUGAUCGAAACACACCUUUUAUCAAGCAUGCUAACGGUGAGUCUAUUCGAUACGGCAGCUGCCUUUACAUUUUUUUUUAACCCCCUGGUGGAAUCAUCAUAAGGCUGUUUCCUAUAUUUGAAUUCAAUUAACAUUUAAGUAUGUUAAAAUUGAUUAAAAAUUAAUUAUUAAAGGUGUAAUGUUGGCAGAAUCAUCUAGCUGGUUUUAAAGGUCUCUAUAUAAUGUUUCUAUAUUUUAUGAAGCGGUAGAAUAUACAUCCGAGUGUUGUCCAAUUUGUUAUCAGUAUUCAUACAUUUGAAUAUUAAUUAUUUUAAAAUUAAGUUAACGAUCCUACAGUCUUUAACAGACGUUACAAAAGUAGACUAUGUUUAUAUAAAGAUGAUAAACUGUGAACAUUUUAUAUAUUAACUUGAAUUUGAAAAGAUCAUUUAAAAACACAAUGCAGAUAAUACUUACGUAUUCACAGUGUUUGUUUUGCACUGGGUAUUUGAUUAAAGUUAAAGGUAGAUGCUAAUCAAUAGGGGCUGUUGUGAUAUUAAAUUUGUGUAUGAUGUAGAAAAUGUAGUUCGUUUUUCGUGAUAAAAUUUAGCUGUUUUAUAGUUGGACAACAACAGAUUGGAGAUAAAUUUCACCCUUUGGGGCUUUCAGUGAUAUAUCACCUGUGAAUCUAACUGCUCAAUGAUUGCCCACCAAUUCCAUUUUGCCAGUUCCAUGCAUUAGAAGUGCAUUAAUUGUCCCAUAAUAUAAUGGCUUUUAUUCAUCAUAUGCAAAUUUCUCUGUUGAUAAAUUAGAAUUUUUGACAAAAGCCAUAUGUCUGAAUAACUAGUAUAGUAGCUGAGAAAUAAGCCAAUCCUGUAGAAUGUCUGCUUAUACAGAUAAGGUUUCCUUCUCAGCUCGAUGUACUUUCCCAACAACAUGGACUAGCUGUCAAUUAACAUUUUAUUUUUACAUCUAUUUUUAUUGAUCUUUUAAAAGAACAUUAUCUUGAUGGACCUAAUGAUAUUUUAAACCUUAAAAUUAUAGCAAUUUAUGAAAAAACUCGAACACAACUAAAGGGAACAUAUGUUUUAUGUCACAGGAAAUGAUGGUUACAUUAUAUAUAUUUUUUAUUAUUUAAUUUUUUGAUUCACUGAUGGGUUUUUUAAAAAUCUUAAUCAUGUCAUUUUGCAUGAAAUUUAUGAUUAUAUUUUCAAUUUUUAAGCUAUUCCUGAAUUGAAUGCACCCAAGGAUAACAUCCAUAUUUAUGAAGUAGUGUACUUAAAAUUUAUAAUUUAUAACAGUUGAUCUUAAUUGCACCGGAUGAUGUCAUCAUAUUCCUGAAGAUUUUUUUUUUUAAGUGCAUGCAAAAAGAAUAGAGAAAAAACAAAACGUGUCUGCAAUUGUACUUCUAGCUGAUACAAUUAACACAUUGCAUAUAUUUGCAUUGUAUUGGAUAAUUUUUGCCAGUAGUUUUGGGGGGAAAAGAAGUUCACACAAAUAAAAAUUUAUGUUAUAUAUGAUCAUGACCAAUCCCUAUCAUAAUUGCAUUUGUACAAUGCAGUCCCCGAUUUAAGUUUUGACGUAUAUGUGGGCUGUAUGUAACUUUUUUGACAUUGCCUGCAUGUAUAAUUAAACUUUUUACAUUGCCUGUAAAUACCUUUUAAUCAAUCUCUUGUCAGAGCAGGUCUCUGUUAAGACUGCGACAUAAAAAAGGAUGAUUUCUUAUUUUUGUAAUUUGUGAUUUUAUUACUAAGCACUGAUGGUAUUAAAAUUUGUACCUUAUUGUUAUCAUUAUUUUCUGUGAGAGAUUUUCUUAAAGUUUUAUUACCUUUUUAAUGCAUUGUCAAGUUUUAUUGAUCAUUAAAUUAUAAAAGAACAUUG